AUGGUUACAAUAGCAAAAUGUGUAGAUCACAAUCGUGAUUUAGAGUUGAUAUGUUGUGAAUGUUUGGUUUUAGUUUGUUCAUUUUGUGUUCCGCAUCACCAAGGACAUCCAUUUGUAGAAGCUUCAGAUCAAAUUGAUUAUUUUCAAAAUCAACUGGAUAAGACAAAUGCGCAGAUAUCUUCAAAGAUGGACUAUAGCGACACGUUAGCGGCAACUAUUGACGGGGUCUCGAAUUUGUCUAAAGAUCUAAAGGAUUUCAUUGUGGAGUUGGAGGAAGAAAGCAAAUCACCUGCUCUCAAACAAAAAGAAAAAGUUGAUCAGCAAAUUUCAUUAGAAUUUAAGAAGAGAGAUAGGCUCAUUUCACUCAUUCAGAGAUAUCAACCAACUAUUGUCGACACUCACACAACGGCCAACCCAAACAUUAAAACAAUACAACAACCUAAUCAAACUAUUCAGUUGGAUGAACCUCUCUACAAAUUAGUUGACAACACUAGUCAAAUUGAGAAUAUCAAGAAAGACAUUAAAUCGUCGUUUAAAUUAGAGUUUAUCCCAAGCAAAAGACAAAAACAACAAUUACAACAACAAUUAAAUCAAAUACAUUACAUCCUUUCUAUGGAUAGAGCUGGAAGUCCAACAAUCAUAACUCUACCCAAUUCAAUUGAUAUCAAGGCAAAGAAUGAAGAAAUAUUUACUAUGCAAUCAUUGGAUGUAAAAGCACCAAGGUGGUCGUACACAUCUAUCAUUGCAGUUGGUGAUUACAUCUACAAUUUCGGAGGAAUAGGAAUGUUUGCAAAAUCCAAUAGAUAUCAGAGAUUCAAUUUGGUUAGCAUGACAAUUGAUAUUGACGAGGAGAUGACCGGGCUAUCACCCGUAAGCUUUCUUUCGACAUGUUACGAUGGUAACUCCUAUAUCUAUAUCCUCGAUAGUUAUAUGAACACAGAAGAGACCAAUAUCAUAAGAUACAACAUUCAUUCAUUACAAUUCGAGAGAUUCACUACAACUAUGUGUAAGGGUGAUGUCGACCUAUCGUUCUUUUACUCUGGAGAUCUAUUUUCUUUCGGUUCAACCAGUGGAAGUCUCUUGAGAUUUAACGUUGAAACAAAGAAAACAACAGUAGUUCCUGUAGAAUCUUCCAAAAUAAUUACCUAUUCAAAUUCAUCUGCCUGUUGUCACGAUGGUAAAGGUGGAAUCUAUGCUCUAAAAGAAAAAAAGUUCUUUUAUAUCAAUGUAGAUACAUGUGAAAUUAAGAAGUUGGACUACACAUUCUUAAAGACCAAUGCCAGGCUCCAAUAUCACAGAGUUAGCGAAACAGAAGCUUAUAUCUAUUGUUUGCAGGGUGCUGCCAAGAGCUUUGUAUAUUCUGUUGCCAACAAUCAAUGGAAACAAAUACUAAGUGGAGAUACUAAAGAUAGAUUAAUAUGUGCAUCUAUCAUUUAUAAUAGAUAG